AUGCGCACCUCCCGAUCAAUUCUCACUAUCCUUCGAGUACAGCCAUACUUCGUCCCAAAGCAGUUCUCCACGAUGCCAUCGAACAGGCAGAUUGAGAGAGGUAUAGACGAAAACGUCUCACACGCCACCGGAACGUGCAAGGUUCUGGAGGGUCUGCAAGAGGCCGUUCCGAAGGGUGUUGAGGAAAGCCUUCCUGAUUCUAUUCACCUAACUGGAAAUGACCCUGGACAGUCAACUAAUAAAUCUCAUGUCAAGGGUGAUGUUAAGGAAUCCGUAGUACCACAGAAACUCCAAGAGAUACUACCAGAGUCGGUUGAGAGAGCUGUGCCCAACGCCAUCCACGACACAGGAGAUGCACCAGUCAUGGGUGACAAGGAAUAA